AUGGCAACUUCAUGUUCACAUUGGUGGCACUGCCCAUUCUAUUUCGCCAUGUCAGUGGUCCUUGCUAUCAUGGCAAUCUCUGCAUCAACCCAUUCAACUCCCAACAAUUCAAUCCCAUUGAACCAAACCAUCAUUCCACACCACCUCUCCUUCAACGCCUCUCGUGCUCUGCGACGCCACGGCUUCAACGCCAUAGCCACUCUCCUCCAAAUCUACCCCGAAAUCUUCCUCUCAUCGCCCCAAUCAACCAUCUUUGCAAUCCCAGACACCGCCAUCUCCAACGCCUCUGCUCAUCCAAACAUGUUGAAACAACUCAUCAAAUACCACACUUCUCCUUCCAAGCUUCCCAUUCAUGAGCUCCUAAAGAAGCCCCAAGGCACUUGCUUAACCACCCUUGUUCACAAAAAGAACAUCGCGAUCACGAAGAUUGAUCCCAAACAGGGCUCGAUUGAGAUCAACAAUGUGUUGAUUUCUCAUCCUGAUUUGUUUCUUGAAAGACCCAUUUCAAUCCACGGUGUUCUUGCCCCUUUCUCUCCAUUAUUACGCUUCGAUCGAGAUUGGGAAAUCACUCAGUCACCCAUUUGUGAAUCCAAGAAUUCCAGUGAAUCCAAGAACAUGGUCGAGUGGACACACAUGGUUCGAUUGCUGAGCUCUAAUGGGUUCGUGUCGUUUGCGAUUGGAUUGCACUCUGUUCUUGAUGGGAUUCUUCAAGAUCACCCGGUUUUGAAUUCAGUGACAAUUUUCGCUCCACCGGAAUUCAUUUUUGUGGCAUCUUCAUGGUCUUUGCUGGAUAGGAUUGUGAGGUUUCAUAUGGUGCCUGAGAGGUUUACUUUCUCGGAAUUGGCUUCAUUGCCUGAGAAAUCAUCAUUAAGAACACUGGUUUCAGAUAGAAAACUUGUGAUUACUACAAAUUCUAAGCGAGGACUGACCAUUAAUGGGGUGGAGAUAGCAGCACCAGAUAUAUUUUCAUCUGAGCACUUUGUGAUCCAUGGAAUUUCUCGAGCUUUUAGUAUGGAGGAGCUUCCAACAAUUUCCAUAUAG